AUGCCGAGGACAAGGCAAGGGCAGCAACUGGUGCCCGAUGUCCUCCUGCCCCUCAACCCUACAAGCUGUGUGCUCGGCGAGCGCGUGUCCACCAUCACACCCGUGUGGGCGAAAAAAGGCCAGGUUAUAAAGGAAGCAUCCGGUGACUUCUACGAAACCAUCGUGGACCACACCUUCUUCUUUGAGCCCGUCUCCUGCGAGGUCACCAACGCCCUGGGCAGCACAAACAUCAGCAGGACCGUGGACGUCUACUUUGGGCCCAGGAUGGCGACAGAACCACAGUCCCUCCUCGUUGACCUGGGCUCGGACGCCGUCUUCAACUGUGCUUGGACUGGGAACCCAUCUCUCACCAUUGUCUGGAUGAAGCGAGGCUCCGGCGUGGUCUUGAGCAACGAGAACAAGCUGACCCUGAAGUCCGUCCGCCAGGAAGACGCUGGGAAAUACGUGUGCCGAGCCGUGGUCCCGCGGGUCGGUGCCGGGGAACGGGAGGUGACGCUCACCGUCAAUGGGCCACCCAUCAUCUCCAGCACCCAGACGCAGCACGCCUUGCACGGCCAGAAAGGGCAGAUCAAGUGCUUCAUCCGCAGCACCCCGCCGCCAGACCGAAUUGCUUGGUCCUGGAAGGAGAACGUCCUGGAGUCUGGGACCUCCGGACGCUAUACGGUGGAGACGGUCAGCACGGAUGAGGGUGUCAUCUCCACGCUGACCAUCAGCAACAUUGUCCGGGCCGAUUUCCAAACCAUUUACAACUGUACCGCCUGGAACAGCUUCGGCUCCGACACGGAGAUCAUCCGGCUCAAAGAGCAAGGUACGGAAAUGAAAUCAGGAGCUGGUAUUCAAGCAGAAUCAGUGCCGAUGGCGGUGAUCAUCGGAGUGGCCGUGGGGGCCGGCGUGGCGUUCCUGGUGUUGAUGGCCACCAUCGUCGCCUUCUGCUGCGCCCGCUCCCAGAGGAAUCUCAAAGGUGUGGUUUCUGCCAAGAACGAUAUCCGCGUGGAGAUCGUACACAAGGAGCCGGCCUCGGGCAGGGAAACGGAGGAGCACCCAACCAUCAAGCAACUGAUGGUAAGGAUUUACUUCUUCUCUCC